CAUGUUCAACUUCUGCAGGGAGUCGAGAGGAAGGAGAAUUGCCAGCUGAUGCUGCUUCUCCCGGAGGUAUGGAAAUUGAGGAAACAAGCUUCGUCCAACAAAUGCAUGAUGCUCUGAAGGAAGGAUCGGCUGAUGUUCCACCCACUCCUGACGUUGAUCCAUCAGCUGCGGACACAGGUACUGAUCUUUCUCCUCUCGGAAGAGAAAUCCGAGAAAUGAAUGAGUCGGACCGUGUGCCUCCUCUAAUGACCUGUGCGCUUUCUCUCCUUUUAGUCAAAUUAAAAGAAGCAGGUACCAGUAGUGGAGCUCUCGAAUCAGCCCCGACCAAUGAAGGUAAAAUCGAUCUUUGUCUUGGGCAGAUUCGUCUAAAUUUACAUGUUAUUUAUGGUUCCUCAUGUUCUUUAGACAUCCCGAUGCACGAGCCUAUUGAAGGAGAAGCUACCCAUGCCACCAAAGUCGAUGAUUUUAAUAAUUUCGACUUUAAUAUCUCAGAGGACGACCAUCAACAAAUCCUUGAUUCUCUGUUAGAGAAAGCCUCUGAUGCAACUAUCGGCUCAGAUGUUGGAAUUGGUUCAACGGAAGCCGGUCCUUCUGAGAGUAAGACUUUGGUUCUGUGAACUCCACAUAUAUAUAUACGUAUAUAUUUUGACUUGAUUAAUCAUAUAAGUGUCUGAAUUAUAGGACCAACUGCUGGAGCUGAUACUACUAUAAUUACUGGAACGUCUGAUCGGCCAGAGGGUAGCGAACUCGUGCCAUGGGCAGGAACUGAGGUUGAUUUGCAAUCAUCAGUUCUUGAGCCUCAACCUUCUACUCCUAUGGACCCUAUGAUGAUAGAAGUCACUGUCACUCCCCAGAUUAGUCCGGUCGCAACAAAAGCGAGACCAACUGAAGGCGUUGGUACGUCGGCUGAUGUUAUGCCUAUUGCUGAAUCAACUCUUAAAGAGCCUCUUAGCUUGGACCCGCCGUCUUCUGAAGCUUUAAUUGAAAAAGCCUCUGAUGUAGCGGGUGCAUCAACAGCUACCAUUCCUGAAUCAACCUUGGUUGUUCCGGAAAUCAGGUUACCAUCCUCGGGUGAACUAAGUCAUGCUGAAGGUUCUUCCAUCGAACUUGUUCCUUCAUCAUCAUUAUCAGAUCGCAUCCGAGCUUUGUUAGCAGACGAGGAUCCGGAUAAAGCCGGCAUUUGCUCUGAUCUCGACGGCUUCAUCUCCUUUUUGAAUUCUAUGGUUGAUCGUAUUCUCUCCAAAGGAUCGCGAUUUGAGAGUUUUAAGAAACCUCUUGACCGCUAUAUAUCAGGGAUCCGUGAUGAAGGAUAUAAUGAUUUAGCCGAUUCGAUCAACGCCUACAUGGUUGACUUGAAGCAACAUGUUGACCUUCUGAGGGGUCUUCGCACUGAAAGCGUACCUUCCUACAUUGCUUCUCGCAUGGACUCCAAGCUACAAGCGUUGCGUGAUUCCCAAACAUCAGCUAAUCUCGAGCUCCAACAGCUAAGAGCCCACAGCGAUCAACUUAGGAUGAAUGUUGGCAAGAGAAUACAAGCCCAGGUUAACCUACGUCGGGAUUUAGAAUCGAGUCGAGCAGAAAUAGCUCGCUUAGAGGAGGAACUUGCAAUGGCCAAGGACGCUCAUGAUGUCUUGAAGUCUGAGUUGACGCAGGAGAUUCAUAUUGAAGGCAACCUGUUACAGCAACUGAACCUUCAAGAUAAAAUAAUUGCUGAAAAGGAACAAGAGCUUCUGAAGGCCAGUCUUGCAUACAGUGUCUACAAGCAGCAAGAAGUUUACCCUGCAUAUCAUUUACUCAAGAAGAUAGGCAGGUCAAACACAAGCACGAUAGACAUUUGUACUACACAUGGUACAUUGGGUCCUCAGAAAUCAGCUGUGUACAAGUUGAUCCAGGCUCAACACUUAGCAUCAUACCUUACAGGGUCAUGCAGGUCCAAAGGGACUUGUUAUAUCAUAGAUAUGGAUACAUCCUACAAUUUAUUAUUGGGACGACCAUGGACUCAUACGAACCGCAUUGUCCAGUCUACCCUACAUCAGGUUAUGAAGUAUGCUAAUGAUGAAGGGGAAGUACAAACCCUGAUUGCUGAGAAGCGUCCUUUCAGAGGGGUAGAGAGCUUCCAUAUAGACUCUAUCUUCUACCUGGAAUCUCAAGAGAAAUUGAAAGAAGAUGCUGACAGUGGCACCGAAACUGAUAUCUAG